UUGGGAAAGAGGCAUCAAAGUUCAGUUAACGGGAACUUCUCUGAAGAGGGUUUCAAAACAGACAGACCGAACAGGCUCCUGUGACCAGGACCAAAGACCAGUCUUGUCAGGAUGUGGCUCCUCAAGCUUGUGGCAGUGUCUUGCCUUCUACCAGCUCCCGCUCAUGGAGGAAUCAAGGACCUCAGCCUGCACUUCAGCUCUCAGAAGCAGAACCAGUCGGAGCCUCUUGACCUGCGGAGUCUCUCAAACACCAAACUGCUGGACAUGGAGGCCAUUCCACUGGACUACCACAAGGAGAACACGGUCACCAACGAUCUGCCAAUAGACGGAAUUGAAGAUGAAGACUACAUUGACUUUGACAAAAUUCUUGCAGAGGGCGAUGACUAUAGCGAAGGUGAUGAAAUUGACGAGAUUGCCACCCCGGCCCCGGAUGCGUAUCACUCCUCCGAACCCUCCGACCCAAAGGCUCGACGGGCCCGGCUCUUACGCCUCUUCCAUGGCCUUUCUCGCAUUCAGAGGCUCAGCACGGUCAACGCCCGCUUUGGCUUCAGUCUCUAUCGGAGCGUGCGCAACCACCUCAACCAGACAGACAACAUCUUGUUGGCUCCGGUGGGUAUUUCCAUUGCCAUGGGGAUGAUGGCCCUCGGCACGGGGUCUAGCACACACGAGCAGCUCUUCCACACCCUGGGCUUUGCAGACUUUGUCAAUGCCAGUUCACAUUAUGAGGACAUCACUGUGCACAAACUCUUCCGGAAACUCACUCACCGGCUCUUCCGCCGCAACUUUGGCUACAUGUUGCGCUCUGUCAAUGACCUCUAUGUGAAGAAAGAUAUUGCUCUGAAAGAGACCUUUCAACGCAAUGUGAAAAACUACUACUUUGCUGAGCCACAGUCUGUGGACUUCAGUGACCCAGGCUUCCUGGAGAAAGCGAACCAGCGAAUUCAAAAACUGACCAAAGGUUUGAUUAAGGAACCCCUGAAGUAUGUAGACCCUAACACGGUAAUGAUUCUGCUAAACUACCUCUAUUUUAAAGGUAGUUGGGAGCAGAAGUUCCCAAAAGACAUGACACAUUACCAGAACUUCCGCAUCAACGAGAAACAGCAAGUACGAGUGCCAAUGAUGCAGAACCGGGGAAACUACCAGGUUGCCGCUGAUCAUGAGCUGCAGUGCGACAUCCUACAGAUGCCAUACAUAGGUAACAUCAGCAUGCUGGUGGCCAUGCCACGGAAGAUUUCUGGCAUGCGCACGCUGGAAAGAGAGAUCUCCCCAUCCGUGAUAAAGAAAUGGCUCAGCAAUAUGACCAACAGGACGAGGGAAGUUAUUUUUCCAAAAUUCACCCUGGAACAAACAUAUGAUCUGAUAGAGGCCCUGAAAGAAAUGGGGCUCAAAGACACCUUUGAAGAGAAAGGAGACUUUUCAGGGAUGUCACCGGAGAAAAUCACAAUAAACUGGUUUAAGCACCAGGGAAAAAUCACAGUGAAUGAGGAGGGGACAGAAGCAGCAUCUCUUACCCACGUUGGAUUUAUGCCCCUGUCUUCUCAAAUGCGCUUUAUGGUUGACCGCCCUUUCCUCUUCCUCAUUUAUGAGCAUCGCACCAACUGUCUGGUCUUCAUGGGUCGAGUGGUAAACCCCACCAAGAACUAGCCCUUUGCUACAGGUUUUUCCUAUAAAGAGUUCACAGCAGGCCUACAACUUGUAGCCACAUUUCUCUAAAGUAAGUUCAGUCUGGUAGCGCUUCUUGUACAGGAGUUCAAGUGUUCAUAUCCAGCUGCUGUUAGAUAGUGUUGCCACAUUAGUUCAAAUGGUGGGAGCUACACCUUAACAUCUGUGCUGAGAACCGUAUCUAUUAGCUGCCUUAAAUGAUAAGACAAAUAUGACACAUUUAUUAUGAUAUUAAAAGCACGUUACCAUUGGAAACAGGUCAUUCUGCAAUGCUGCGCAGCUGUUCUUCAAGACAGUAAAGUGUCUUUUAUUCAAGUAUAUAGAAAAAUGUGUUCAUCUGCUUUACACUGAAAAAAUAUAUACCGAUUUAGAUUCUUAGCAGCCCUCUGCCAGAAAGAGCUCAUUUAAGGUUCUCGGAAUGCCUUGCAUAUGACAAAUGUUCACAUCCUCUCAGCAAAACAUGUUCAUAAAAAGGAAUAAUCUCAUUUCUACCAAGACCCAUUACAGAAUUUGUGAGGCUCAAGUGUUGACAUAAUAAACUUUAUAUCAACAGCA